GUGCUGAAAAGGACAGUGCCAAGUUCCUGAAGCCUCAGUCGAGGGGAGAAGAUGGCUUCCCAGCAAAGCGAAACUGGGAUCAGGCGGAGAAGGGAGGCUGAUCCCGAGGCCGAUCUGCCCUGCCCUUCGCGGUGGUUUACCUGGGAAGAGAUCGGGCUGCGCACUGGCCAGGGAGACCCGCCAGGGGACCGCUGGCUGGUGAUUGACAGGAAAGUCUAUGACAUCAGCCGUUUCUACAGGAGGCACCCAGGGGGCUCUCGGACCAUCGGCUGCUACGCAGGGCAGGACGCCACGGAUCCUUUUACAGCCUUUCACCUUGACAAGACUCUAGUAAGGAAGCACAUGGCAUCGCUUUUGAUUGGGGAAUUGGCCCCUGAUCAGCCCAGCUUUGAGCCUGAUAAAAAUGUAAGUUUGGAGAUAGAAAAUUAAGAUUGUGGUUUAAUUUCAAAGUCUUAAAUAUUAUAGGGCUUGACUCAGUGAUCACCUUCAUAA